UCCGUCUGAACCUCCAGCUGAAGGUAAUGUAAUGAAUCUGACAUGUUGGACUCGCUAACACAAGCUCUACUUUUCAUUGUUACACCGAACAAAAAGUGAAGCUCGGUUGUUUAUUUCUCGACGAACUCGUUUAAGUUUAAACUCGAGACGACGGAGGAGAAACAGCUGCUGUUAAGAAUAUCCGCCAUUUUGUGCCGAUACCUGCGGAGUGUAGCAGGUGAAAUGAGAGCAGAAGUGGAGUUAGUUGGUCAGUGUUUGAACACAGAGUGGUUGUCACUGUGUAGCUCCACUUACUGCUGACUGAAGGCAGCUUCUCCUGCCUGAAUCAGCCUGUGGAGGAGGCCGAGACGAGCCGCCGCUCUCCCGCUGUCUGACGCACUAAACGCGGCUGGAUGCGGGAGCUGGAGGUGCUGAGAGGUCGUUCACAGCGUUUCACACAGUUUAUAAGGGUUCUUUUAACUCAACAAUUCACCAAAUGGAGCGAUUUCUGAAUGUCUGGGGACUUCCUGUCCCUCCUCCUCUCCCUGCUGCUGUUGACUGUAGCUGAUGUGACUUAUAACAUGUUGGUGUUCAGGUUCUUGUUUAUUUUGAUCAGAUACUUGUUGGUACAUGUCUCCAUGCAGAAGUGCAGCAUUCAUGUGACGCAGAUAUGAAGCAGCCAAUCAGAAGAGGAGCAGCUGAUGUUCUGACAGGAGACAUGAUGGAAAAGCUGAUUUCAGUUGAUGUGCAGAUGAAUGAUUUGUGUUUCCUCUCCAGAUGAAAGUGUGUGUGAGAUGAGCAGCAGGAAUCAGUGUGAGGACAGAGAGGAGGGAGGCCCUCCCUCUAAAACCACUGGACCUGGACCAGGAGCAGGACCUGGACCUGGACCUGGACCUGGACCUGGACCUGAGCCCAGCUGUGUGUCCUUCAAGAGUGACAAGUCAAAUAAUCGUGGCAUUGAUUUUAAAGCACAACUACCUCCUGCUGUAAAGAGGAGACCAGCCUCUACUGGACCUGGACCUGAACCUGGACCUGAACCUGGACCUGAACCUGGACCUGGACCUGAGCCCAGCUGUGUGUCCUACAUGAGUGACCAGUCAAUCGAUAAGAGCAUUAGUUUCAAACCAGAACCUUCCUCAGACAGACAAGUCGACCAGGAGAGCUCAGAGGUUCCCAGAGGUCCGUCUGUCCAGCAGCAUCAGACACACCUGGACUCCAUAUUUAUGCUGCUGGAGGAGAACAUUGUGACUUUUGUGAAGAACGAGCUGAAGAAGAUCCAGAAGGUUCUGAGUUCAGAUUACCCAGAAUGCCCAGAGAGUCAGAGGGAGGAUGAGGAGGUGUUGGACAGUGAGGAAGAAGAGCAGAGGAGGAGCAGCAGAGAGGCAUUUCUGAAGAUCACACUUCACUUCCUGAGGAGAAUGAAGCAGGAGGAGCUGGCUGACUGUCUGCAGAAAUCUCCUGCCAUGUGCCAACUUCACCUCAAAUCUAACCUUCAGAAGAAGUUCCAGUGUGUGUUUGAGGGGAUCGCUAAAGCAGGAAACCCAACCCCUCUGAAUCAGAUCUACACAGAGCUCUACAUCACAGAGGGAGGGACUGCAGAGGUCAAUGAUGAACAUGAGGUCAGACAGAUUGAAACAGCAUCCAGGAAACCACACAGACCAGAAACAACAGUCAGACAAAAAGACAUCUUUAAAGCCUCACCUGGAAGAGACGAACCAAUCAGAACAGUGAUGACAAAGGGAGUGGCUGGCAUCGGGAAAACAGUCUUAACACAGAAGUUCACUCUGGACUGGGCUGAAGACAAAGCCAACCAGGACAUACAGUUCACAUUUCCAUUCACUUUCAGAGAGCUGAAUGUGCUGAGAGAGAAAAAGUUCAGCUUGGUGGAACUUGUUCAUCACUUCUUCACUGAAACCAAAGAAAUCUGCAGCUUUGAAGAGUUCCAGGUUGUGUUCAUCUUUGACGGUCUGGAUGAGUGUCGACUUCCUCUGGACUUCCACAACACUGAGAUCCUGACUGAUGUUAGAGAGUCCACCUCAGUGGAUGUGCUGCUGACAAACCUCAUCAGGGGGAAACUGCUUCCCUCUGCUCGCCUCUGGAUAACCACACGACCUGCAGCAGCCAAUCAGAUCCCUCCUGGGUGUGUUGACAUGGUGACAGAGGUCAGAGGGUUCACUGACCCACAGAAGGAGGAGUACUUCAGGAAGAGAUUCAGAGAUGAGGAGCAGGCCAGCAGAAUCAUCUCCCACAUCAAGACAUCACGAAGCCUCCACAUCAUGUGCCACAUCCCAGUCUUCUGCUGGAUCACUGCUACAGUUCUGGAGGAUGUGUUGAAGACCAGAGAGGGAGGAGAGCUGCCCAAGACCCUGACUGAGAUGUACAUCCACUUCCUGGUGGUUCAGGCCAAAGUGAAGAAGGUCAAGUAUGAUGGAGGAGCUGAGACAGAUCCACACUGGACUCCAGAGAGCAGGAAGAUGAUUGAGUCUCUGGGAAAACUGGCUUUUGAUCAGCUGCAGAAAGGAAACCUGAUCUUCUAUGAAUCAGACCUGACAGAGUGUGGCAUCGAUAUCACAGCAGCCUCAGUGUACUCAGGAGUGUUCACACAGAUCUUUAAAGAGGAGAGAGGACUGUACCAGGACAAGGUGUUCUGCUUCAUCCAUCUGAGUGUUCAGGAGUUUCUGGCUGCUCUUCAUGUCCAUCUGACGUUCUUAAACUCUGGAGUCAAUCUUCUGGUAGAGGAACAAACAACAGACUGUCAAUCUGCAGAGACAGGUCUCUACCAGAGUGCUGUGGACGAGGCCUUACAGAGUCCAAAUGGACACCUGGACUUGUUCCUCCGCUUCCUCCUGGGUCUUUCACUGCAGACCAAUCAGACUCUCCUGCGAGGUCUGCAGACACAGACAGGAAGUAUCUCACAGACCAAUCAGGAAACAGUCGGUUACAUCAAGACUAAGUUCAGUGAGAAUCUGUCUCCAGAGAGAAGCAUCAAUCUGUUCCACUGUCUGAAUGAACUGAACGAUCGUUCUCUAGUGGAGGAGAUCCAACAGUACCUGAAUUCAGGACGUCUCUCCACAGAUAAACUGUCUCCUGCUCAGUGGUCAGCUCUGGUCUUCAUCUUACUGUCAUCAGAAAAAGAUCUGGAUGUGUUUGACCUGAGGAAAUACUCUGCUUCAGAGGAGGCUCUUCUGAGGCUGCUGCCAGUGGUCAAAGCCUCCAACAAAGUUCUGCUGAGUGGCUGUAACCUCUCAGAGAGAAGCUGUGAAGCUCUGUCCUCAGUUCUCAGCUCCCAGUCCUCUAGUCUGAGAGAGCUGGACCUGAGUAACAACAACCUGCAGGAUUCAGGAGUGAAGCGACUUUCUGCUGAACUGAAGAGUCCACACUGUGUCCUUGAAACUCUCAGGCUUUCAGGCUGUCUGAUCACAGAGGAAGGCUGUACUUCUCUGGCCUCAGCUCUGGACUCCAACCCCUCCCAUCUGAGAGAGCUGGACCUGAGCUACAAUCAUCCAGGAGACUCAGGAGUGAAGCAGCUGUCAGCUCGACUGGAGGAUCCAGGCUGGAGACUGGACACUCUCAGAUUGAGUGGCUGUAACCUGUCAGAGAGAAGCUGUGAAGCUCUGUCCUCAGUUCUCAGCUCCCAGUCCUCUAGUCUGAGAGAGCUGGACCUGAGUAACAACAACCUGAAGGAUUCAGGAGUGAAGCUGCUGUGUCCUGGACUGAGGAGUUCACACUGUAAACUGGAAUGUCUAAGACUGACUAGCUGUGACCUCUCAGAGAGAAGCUGUGAAGCUCUGUCUUCAGUUCUCAGCUCUGAGUCUUCUAGUCUCAGAAAGCUGGACUUGAGUAACAACAACCUGCAUGACUCAGGGGUGAAGCUGCUGUCACUUGCACUUGAGAGAUCAAAAUGUACUCUGGAAACUCUCAGGCUGUCAGGCUGUCUGAUCACAGAGGAAGGCUGUACUUCUCUGGCCUCAGCUCUGGACUCCAACCCCUCCCAUCUGAGAGAGCUGGACCUGAGCUACAAUCAUCCAGGAGACCGAGGAGUACAGAUGCUGUCGGCUCGAGAGCAGGAUCCACUCUUGAGGCUGGACACUCUCAGGGUGGAGCCUGCUGGAGUCCGAUGGUUGACACCAGGUCUGAGGAAGUAUUCCUGUGAACUUGAAAUCGACACAAACACAGUCAGCAGAAACAUCAAACUAUCAGACAACAACAGGAAGAUGACACGUGUGGAGGAGGAUCAGUCAUAUCCUGAUCAUCCAGAGAGGUUUGAUCCCUAUCCUCAGCUGCUGUGUAGCACUGGUCUGACUGGUCGCUGUUACUGGGAGGUCGAGUGCAGUGGAGAGGUUCAUGUAUCAGUGAGUUACAGAGGAAUUAAAAGGACAGCAAACAGAGAAGAAUGUGAGUUUGGAGGGAAUUAUCAGUCUUGGAGUCUGGAAUGCUAUGAUGGUGAUUGUUAUGCUGUGUGGCACAACAACAGCGGAACAUCCAUCUCCUCCUCCUCCUCCUCCUCCUCCUCCUCCUCCAUCUCCUCCUCCUCCUCCUCCUCCUCCUCCUCCUCCAUCUCCUCCUCCUCCUCCUCCUCCUCCUCCUCCUCCUCCUCCUCCUCCUCCUCUGGUAGAGUAGCAGUGUAUGUGGACUGUCCUGCUGGCACUCUGUCCUUCUACAGAGUCUCCUCUGACUCACUGAUCCACCUCCACACCAUCAACACCACAUUCACUCAACCUCUUUAUCCUGGAUUUGGGUUUGAGUUCUGGUUCAGAUCUGGUUGUUCAGUGUCUCUUUGUUCUCUGUAGGAAAGGAACUGUUAUAUCUAUCUGUGCUCUCUUCAAAUCCACCAGACUUCUUUGAUUAAAACCGUCAUUUCACUUUGCAGAACAUGGGAGUGUCUGCCGCUGCCUCAAUCUGUAGUUUGUUCGUAAUUUUGGUGUAGGAACGUAUUAAGACAACAUAGACCAGGGAGGUCCGAAGCCCAGAGAGCUGUUCAUGAGGGUUUUCCAUUUGCUAGGGGUUAUUGCACUUAGCUGGUGGAAGUUGCAUGUGACUGAGCAGUUACCAGUUAAAUAUAAGACACAUGAAAUGCACAAAAAGUUGUGACAAAAUGACAGAAUAAACAUGUUACUGAACUGUGUUCCAAUAUUGACAAGUUAUUAUGCAAAAAAUAGUCACCAAUAAAAUAUUUGUAAUCUUUUUUGUGAAAGAUUAAACAAACACUGUAUCAUUUUGUUGGCUGUUAAAGUCUAUAUGUAUGUUUUACCCUUAAUAUCAAUUAUUCUCAUAUCACAUCUAUUGGUAAUUGUUAUUUCUUAGUUUUCAAAUGACCUCAAACCAGUUUUGAUGUUUUACAUCUUGACAGAAAAUAAAUUGAGACAUGCUGACUCAAAUGAUU